AGUGCGCGGUGGCGGCGGCGGUGGCGGCGUCGCGAGCAGCUGGCGCCGCGCGGUCCUGCUCUGCCGGUCGCACGGACGCACCGGCGGGCCGCCGGCCGGAGGGACGGGGCGGGAGCUGGGCCUGCGGACAGCGAGCCGGAGUGGGAGCCGCGCCUAGCGAGCCGGACCCCGGCGCCCGCCAGUCUCCCGAGCGGCGCCCGCCUCCCGCCGGUGCCCGCUCCGGGCCGUGGGGGCAGCAUGCCCGCGUGCGCUGCCUGAGGACGCCGCGGCCCCCGCCCCCGCCAUGGGCGCCCCUGCCUGCGCCCUCGCGCUCUGCGUGGCAGUGGCCAUCGUGGCCGGCGCCUCCUCGGAGUCCUUGGGGACGGAGCAGCGCGUCGUGGGGCGAGUGGCAGAAGUCCCCGGCCCAGAGCCCAGCCAGCAGGAGCAGUUGGUCUUCGGCAGCGGGGACGCUGUGGAGCUGAGCUGUCCCCCGCCCGGGGGUGGUCCCAUGGGGCCCACUGUCUGGGUCAAGGAUGGCGCAGGGCUGGUGCCCUCGGAGCGUGUCCUGGUGGGGCCCCAGCGGCUGCAGGUGCUGAAUGCCUCCCACGAGGACUCUGGGGCCUACAGCUGCCGGCAGCGACUCACACAGCGCGUACUUUGCCACUUCAGCGUGCGGGUGACAGACGCUCCAUCCUCGGGAGAUGACGAAGACGGGGAGGAUGAGGCUGAGGACACAGGUGUGGACACAGGGGCCCCUUACUGGACUCGGCCCGAGCGGAUGGACAAGAAGCUGCUGGCCGUGCCGGCUGCCAACACCGUCCGCUUCCGCUGCCCGGCUGCUGGCAACCCCACUCCCUCCAUCUCCUGGCUGAAGAAUGGCAAGGAGUUCCGCGGCGAGCACCGCAUCGGAGGCAUCAAGCUGCGGCACCAGCAGUGGAGCCUGGUCAUGGAAAGUGUGGUGCCCUCGGACCGCGGCAACUACACCUGCGUGGUGGAGAACAAGUUUGGCAGCAUCCGGCAGACAUACACGCUGGACGUGCUGGAGCGCUCCCCGCACCGGCCCAUCCUGCAGGCGGGGCUGCCGGCCAACCAGACGGCGGUGCUGGGCAGCGAUGUGGAGUUUCACUGCAAGGUGUACAGUGACGCGCAGCCCCACAUCCAGUGGCUCAAGCACGUGGAGGUGAAUGGCAGCAAGGUGGGCCCCGAUGGCACACCCUACGUCACCGUGCUCAAGACGGCGGGCGCUAAUACCACCGAUAAGGAGCUAGAGGUUCUGUCCUUGCACAACGUCACCUUUGAGGACGCCGGGGAGUACACCUGCCUGGCGGGCAAUUCUAUUGGGUUUUCCCAUCACUCUGCGUGGCUGGUGGUGCUGCCAGCCGAGGAGGAGCUGGUGGAGGCUGACGAGGCGGGCAGUGUGUACGCAGGCAUCCUCAGCUACGGGGUGGGCUUCUUCCUGUUCAUCCUGGUGGUGGCGGCUGUGACGCUCUGCCGCCUGCGCAGCACCCCCAAGAAAGGCCUGGGCUCCCCCACCGUGCACAAGAUCUCCCGCUUCCCACUCAAGCGACAGCAGGUGUCCCUGGAGUCCAACGCGUCCAUGAGCUCCAACACACCGCUGGUGCGCAUUGCAAGGCUGUCCUCAGGGGAGGGUCCCACGCUGGCCAACGUCUCCGAGCUUGAGCUGCCUGCUGACCCCAAAUGGGAGCUGUCUCGGGCCCGGCUGACCCUGGGUAAGCCCCUUGGGGAGGGCUGCUUCGGCCAGGUGGUCAUGGCGGAGGCUAUCGGCAUUGACAAGGACCGGGCCGCCAAGCCUGUCACCGUAGCCGUGAAGAUGCUGAAAGAUGAUGCCACUGACAAGGAUCUGUCAGACCUGGUGUCUGAGAUGGAGAUGAUGAAGAUGAUUGGGAAACACAAGAACAUCAUCAACCUGCUGGGCGCCUGCACGCAGGGCGGGCCCCUGUACGUGCUGGUGGAGUACGCGGCCAAGGGCAACCUGCGGGAGUUUCUGCGGGCGCGGCGGCCCCCGGGCCUGGACUACUCCUUCGACACCUGCAAGCCGCCUGAGGAGCAGCUCACCUUCAAGGACCUGGUGUCCUGUGCCUACCAGGUGGCCCGAGGCAUGGAGUACCUCGCCUCCCAGAAGUGCAUCCACCGGGACCUGGCUGCUCGAAACGUGCUGGUGACCGAGGACAACGUGAUGAAGAUCGCAGACUUCGGGCUGGCCCGCGACGUGCACAACCUCGACUACUACAAGAAGACCACCAACGGCCGGCUGCCCGUGAAGUGGAUGGCACCUGAGGCCCUGUUUGACCGCGUCUACACCCACCAGAGUGACGUCUGGUCCUUUGGGGUCCUGCUCUGGGAGAUCUUCACGCUGGGGGGCUCUCCGUACCCCGGCAUCCCUGUGGAGGAGCUCUUCAAGCUACUGAAGGAGGGCCACCGAAUGGACAAGCCGGCCAACUGCACACACGACCUGUACAUGAUCAUGCGGGAGUGCUGGCACGCUGCGCCCUCCCAGAGGCCCACCUUCAAGCAGCUGGUGGAGGACCUGGACCGUGUCCUCACUGUGACGUCCACCGACGAGUACCUGGACCUGUCAGCGCCCUUCGAGCAGUACUCCCCCGGCGGCCAGGACACCCCCAGCUCCAGCUCCUCAGGGGAUGACUCCGUGUUUGCCCACGACCUGCUGCCCCCAGCCCCACCCAGCAGUGGGGGCUCGCGGACGUGAAGGGCCACUGGUCCCCAACAAUGUGAGGGGUCCCUAGCAGUCCACCUUGCUGCUGGUGCACAGCCACUGCCCGGCAUGAGACUCAGUGCAGAUGGAGAGACAGCUACACAAAGCUUCAGUCUGUGUGCAUGUGUGUGUGUGUGUGUGUGUGUGUGCGCGCGCGCGCGCACGUGCACAUCUGUGUGUGUGUCUGCAUGCAUGCGCAUCUCGUGGCCUCCAGGUGCAGAGGUACACCCUGGGUGUCCCUGCUGCUGUGCAACAGCCUCCUGACUGGUGCUGCAGCACCAAGGGGCCUUUGUUCUGGGGGGACCCAGUGCAGAAUGUAAGUGGGUCCACCCGGUGGGACCCCUGUGGGGCAGGGAGCUGGGCCCAACAUGGCCUCAGCCUCUACCUUUGCACCACGGGACAUCACAGGGUGGGCCUCAACCCCUCCCACACCCAAAGCUGAGCCUGCAGGGAAGCCCUACGUGUCGAGCACCUUGUUCCUGGGGGUGUUAAUGGCACUGCCCCCCGACCUCCAGGCUUUCCCAGUUCCCACCCUGCCCCUUAGAGACUGAAAUUACGGGUACCUGAAGAUGGGAGCCUCUACCUUUUAUCCAAAAGGUUUAUUCCAGAAACUAGUGUACAUUUCUAUAAAUAGAUGCUGUGUAUAUGGUAUAUAUACAUACAUAUAUAUAAAGUAUAUGGAAGAGGAAAAGACUGGUGCAACGGAGGCCUGCGACCCUGGGGGCACAGGAGGCACGCAUGGCCCUGGGCGGGGAGGGAGGCCCCAGGGGUCUCACCCAUGCAAGCAGAGGAGCAGGGCCUUUUCUGGCACCGCAGUUUUGUUUUAAAACUGGACCUGUAUAUUUGUAAAGCUAUUUAUGGGCCCCCGGCACCCUUGUUCCCACACCCCAACACUUCUAGCAUUUAGCCAGCCACAUGGCGGAGAGUUUUAAUUUUUAACUUAUUAACAGCCGAGAAGGUUUAUCCUGCCUAUAGAGGGACAGCCAAGAAUGUACGUCCAGCCUGCACCGGCGCUGGAGGAUUCCCUCCAAGCCUAAAAGGUCGUUAAUAGUUGGAGGUGAUUCCAUUGAGUGAGGAUAUUUUAUUUCCUUUGUCCUUCUUUUUCAGGGGAAUUAGAUUUCUAUAUGAUGUUUCUUGAGGAGAUUUAUUUUUUGGACUUCAAAGCAAGCUGGUAUUUUCAUACAAAUUCUUCUAAUUGCUGUGUCCCAGGCGGGAGAUGGUUUCCAGGGAGGGGCCGGCCCUGCGUGCAGGUUCAGAUGUUGUUAGAUGUUACAAGUUUAUAUAUAUCUAUAUAUAUAAUUUAUUGAGUUUUUACAAGAUGUAUUUGCUGUAGACUUAACACUUCUUACGCAAUGCUUCUAGAGUUUUAUAGCCUGGACUGCUACCUUUCAAAGCUUGGGGGGAAGCUGUGAAUGCAGUCGGUUGGUUCUGUACUGUUGCUGGGCACUGAGUCUGGACGGCUGUCCCUUGCUUGCCUGCAGGGCCAUGGUUCAGGGUGGUCUCUUCUUGAGACCCAGUGCAUGGUGGCCAGAGGUGUCACCCAAACCUGCAGGUGCGAUUUUGUUAACCCAGCGACGAACUUUGCAAAAAAUAAAGACACCUGGUUCCUAACCUGG